CUCCUGUGCACCUGUGUUGGGUCAGUUUGCCCUGGAUCUGAUGAUGAACCCUCCACAACCAGGAGAUCCCUCAUACCCACUUUAUUGUGUGGAGACACAACACAUCAGAACCACGCUGGUUAAGAAUGUAAAGAGAGUCUUUGAGGUAGUAAACAGUCUGCCGGGUUUCUGCAGCCAGCCAGUGGAAGGAGGAGCAUUUGCGUUCCCCAGACUGCAUCUUCCACCUAAAGCCAUUCAGAAAGCCAAGGAAAUGGGAAUGCAUCCAGAUGAUUUCUACUGUAUCAGACUACUGGAGGAGGCCGGUGUGUUUGUCAGUCCUGGUAGUCAGUACGGACAAAAGGAGGGCACGCACCACAUCAGAUUUUGCAUUAUGACCCCCGAGGACACAAUGGAAGAAUUACUGAGGCGUCUGACCAGCUUUCAAACCCAGUUCAUGAAGGAUUUUUCUUAAACAAGGAUACUAAGAAAAACA